GCUGCGACACUGAGCAUCAACUGUCGGCGCUGUCUGCGAUGUGAACAGUCAAACCGUAAUGGCGACUGCUGGAACAGCAGACUCGGGAUCAACAGCCCCGACAGAUAUUAGGACUCAGUUCUGGAGGAGAGCGUUACAGCGAGGGACCAGCGGCAUCCGAAAAAUGGCCCCUGCAGAGAUGCCUGGCUCUUCAGGCACAACUCAAAGUAUGAAGAAGACCAUUGGACACCGGGGCGUUGAGACCACCACAGGAGAAACCACCUAUAAAAAGACCACGUCCUCUGCCCUAAAAGGUGCCAUCCAGUUGGGCAUCACUCACACGGUUGGCAGCUUAAGCCAAAAGGCAGAAAGAGAUGUUCUUAUGCAGGACUUUGUGGUGGUCGAAAGCAUCUUCUUCCCCAGUGAAGGCAGUAACCUGACUCCUGCUCAUCACUACAGCGACUUCCGCUUUAAGACCUACGCUCCUAUCGCCUUUCGUUACUUCAGGGAACUCUUUGGCAUUCGGCCAGACGACUACCUGUAUUCUCUGUGUAACGAGCCACUGAUCGAGCUGUCUAACCCCGGAGCCAGUGGAUCCAUCUUCUAUGUCUCUAGCGAUGACGAAUUUAUCAUCAAGACUGUUCAACACAAAGAGGCAGAGUUCCUCCAGAAACUCCUGCCUGGAUAUUUCAUGAACAUAAACCAAAACAAGCGCACCCUUCUACCCAAGUUCUACGGGCUGUAUUGCGUCCAAGCAGGGGGCAAAAAUAUCCGUAUUGUAGUGAUGAACAAUCUUCUGCCUCGGAUAGUCCCCAUGCACAUCAAAUACGACCUAAAGGGCUCCACCUAUAAGAGACGAGCUUCGCCUAAGGAGAGAGAAAAGGCCGUUCCUACUCACAAAGACCUGGACUUCAUCCAGGACAUGCCUGACGGCCUGCUGCUAGAAGCGGACAACUACAAUGCCUUGUGCAAGACUAUACAGAGGGACUGCUUGCUCUUGCAGAGUUUCAAGAUCAUGGACUACAGUCUGUUGAUGGGAAUCCACAACAUGGACCAGGCUAGUCGAGAGCGGGAGCGUGCUGGGGGCAACUCGGGGGACAGCGGGGGGUCGGAGGGAGCAGUCACUCCAGAUCAGCGCCGGCCACAAGCCCAGAAGAGUCUGUACUGUACAGCCAUGGAGUCCAUCCAGGGGGAGGCUCGAGGGAAGGGAGCUUUAGAUUCAGAAGACCACAUGGGCGGUAUUCCAUCUCGUAAUUCUAAAGGAGAGCGGUUGCUGAUCUACAUCGGCAUCAUCGACAUUCUCCAGUCCUACAGAUUUAUUAAGAAGUUGGAGCACUCCUGGAAGGCUUUGGUCCAUGACGGGGACACAGUUUCAGUUCACAGACCUGGCUUCUAUGCAGAUCGUUUCCAGCAAUUCAUGUGCAGCACGGUGUUCAAGAAAAUUCCAUUAAAACCAUCACCCUCUAAGAAGAGUCGUGGUGGGGGUCAGGCAGGUCUACGAAGGGCCCCCACCCUGGGAGCUCCCACCCCACUCUCCCAUGCAACAGGACAGUCAAUCUACCACAGCCACUUUAGAAGCACAGACUCGGAGGCAGACAGUGGCGUGCAGUCGGGCAGACCAGAUCUUGUUCCAAGGACCCCUCCGCUGGUAGAUAACCCCGCUGACUAUGAUGCCAACCUAUCCACCUCAUCACUAGGCAGCACAGGAGUUGCCUCCAUCUCUCCUCCCCUACGGUCUGUAGGAGUGGAGGUCCACAAAUCAGCAAACACAGACCUUGACCACGGUUCCCCUCACAGUUUGGGGGCAGAAGAGGCUUUAGGUAAUUCAGGCAAUCUGUCUGGAAAUGAAGAUGCAGUUUCACUCUCAGACAUCAUCCCCGAGACCAACAUCUGCUUUUAAAUAAAACAAACAGACAAGUGCCAUCUAAAGGCGAGGACAUUUCUGGACGUGGUGAGGUGGGUUGAGAGUGCAAGUCCACCGCAGAUCCUCCGCUGCAUCUCCCAUUCAGUAUAUACAGGGAUCGGUGGGUGAAGCAGCGAGGUGCGGUGGAGGAAUAAAGGAAGCAGUAGUGGGGAGAUCAAGAAGCCACAAGACUGUCACUGUGUGCACACAUUUCCCCCCUCAGUGUCCCAAAGCUCAAUUGUCUUUGAUAUACACCUGGAAAAAAAUGACCCUGAAUUGGCAGCUCUUCAGUAGCAGCAUUACAAUGAUUAAACAGAUUUUCUGCUGUGAAGACACAAUAGACAAAAUAAUUACUUGUAUAUAGUAAGAAGUUCAUGCCACAGUCACCAGUGGAUGGUGGAGGCAGUCAGAUUAUCCAUGAAGAAUCAGUCAUCGUGUCCACUCGUCGCAGCAUGAAGCGAUACGAGAUGGCACCGCAGGCAGCAGUUCAACAGGGAACCACACAUACUUAAGAGCACAUGAAGGACAUGGCCUGCGUUUGUAGGAGUGGGAAUUUCCCUGUGUGUGUUCAUGCACAGUCUAAGUGGGUUCACAUUUCCGUGAUUCACACUCUAAUGUUCUCGUUACCGCACAUCCAUUUCCCCUCAGCACCUCCUCAUGAGCAGGGGCACUCUGAGCUCACCAGCGGUCAGAUCGUUCAAAUCAACACUUGCUGCUGUCGACUCUGCAAUCAUGUAUGCAUUUCUCUUUACUGGUUGUGGAUGUACAGUAUUUGUUUUGAAAUCGGAUUUUGAAACAUCGGAGGGAUGGGUUGAAACAGACCCAAGUGGCGAUUUUUGUUUCACGUUUUUGUCAUAAGUUAUUCUGCUGGAAUCCACGGUGGUGCUGCAAAGGUCCAACUCGAUCUUGCCACUGCUGAAUGUACAUUACAAUGUUUUUCUUUAUAUAGAAUGUGUCUUAUUAACAUGGCAGACCACAUUUUGUGCAACCUUGAAAAUCUCCCCCUCUGAUGUGACCAUAUGUGCUGAAGUAGAAGAAGAAAAGCUGGCCAGUAGAUGCUGUUAAAUGAAGUCAUCCUAUGAAGCUAAAGGAACAGUAACAAUUUCCAGCUACUGUCACCUGUUCGUCAUGUUUGUGCCUUUACAUGUUUGUCCCUUCCCUAACAUGUGAUGUAUAACUGACAUUUUUACAGGUUAGCGUUGUAGUCACACAGAUGAACCUGCCUUAUCACUACAGCUGAAGUCAUUAAACUGCCAUUGUGUGUCUGGAGCGACUGUCAGUCGUCAGAGUUUAAAAGAAUUCCAGAUUUUAAUGCAAACACUAGUACAAUCCUUUUUGGUUACGUGUAUGUCGAGUGUUCAGUCACUGUGGUUUAUCAGCUCAUCCUUUUCUCUCUCCCAACAUCAGACAGUGAUGGUGUUUUGUCUCUUAUUAAUCAUUUCUGCUGGUUACAGAAAUGACACCCACCCACAUCCACUCUUGGACCAAUAUUACUAACUGUGUUUAUAACUUCUUUUUUUUUUUGUAUGUAGUCUUACUCAGCUUAUAGCUAGCUGUUCAUAGUAUGAUGCUUUGUUUUCCCCAAGAUGUUUUAUGUUUAUCUUAUUAUUUAGGGCACUAAACAAGCUACUGAGGUGGCUAGCAGAGAGCUUUUUACCCCACAAUAUAUUUCUGAUACAGAAAUUUGAAUCACUACCAAGUGACUGUAGCAAAACAAACUCAAGAUCUUAGACAUCAUCUCAUCUCAGAAGUUACUGUUCGUCUUUGUUAGGCACAUGUGGUCUAUGCAGCAGAGAGGGAGAAGGGGAAAUGUGAGUUGUCAAUAUAGAAAGAAAGAAAACUACUCAUGUUCAUCAAUGCACAGUUGAAGAUUUAGGACUGAGUCUUUUGUAUUGUAAGCCAGUCGCGGCACCAAAGAAGUAGAGGAGUUCCUGCAAAUGUUCAGGAUUCAGUACAACUGACAUAAGGAUAAAAAUGAAACACUCCUGGAAACCUGCGUGGACUGAUAUGUUGUAUAUGGUAAUAACACUGGGUUGACCUGUGUUUUAAGGAUUUAUUAUUAAACUGGAUGUUGUUGUUUUUUUUUUGUUUUGUUUUUUUUGAGGAGGGUAAAUGAUUUCACGUCUGAUAAGCUGUAUCUGACCUAAACCCUGUAAAGAUUUAUUUUUUAUUUAUCAGAGAAGUGGUUUACAUUGUGGCCUGAGACAUUUCAAGAUUUAACUCCACAUUCCUGUGAAAUUCAAGUUAAAUUUACUGCAGGUUGUGGUAGCUCUUAGAACUCAUUAUUUUACCACCUUUUGUGCUGAUGUACUUGAUAUGGAUUAUUUCUGAUAUUAUGCUGAAAUGUAAAAUAUUAUUUCAAACAGAUUAGUUGGUUGAGAGACAAACAGCCACCAAAGAAAACACUCCAAGAAAUUCUUCAUUAUAAGAAAAAUCCAGAUUAUAUUUUGUAACACCUGCGUUUUGAUGUUUUAUGUUCUGUUUUUUGUUUUUAUUUUAUGUGUGGUACUGUAUAAUUGCUCGAUCCAGACCAGUUCUGUCACAGUUGUUAUAUACUACACCACGGCACAAGAAUAACAACAUCCUUCGGUGCUUAAAGAGGGCGGCGCAUUCAGUGUAGACACUACAAUAUAUUUGAAGUAAUGCAAUAUGAACCACAAUCUGCCACCUUUCAGCUCUAAGAAGUAUAUUUAUUAACAUGGUUGAUUGCUGCAGGCUGAAAUGAUAAAAGUUGUAUUAUGUACCUUAGAUGAUUGUACGUAUACUGUAUACUGACAGAAGGAUGUCUGAAACUUUAUAGCAUGUAUUGCUUAUGAAGGGGGACUAUUUGACAAUUUCACUUUUUAUAUUUCAUGUUUAGAUGGUGAUAUGAUAGAUAGAUUCUCUCCAUGAUGAUUCUGGGUUGUUAAUCUCCCACGCUUUUUCUACAUGAAUGUUUCACACGGCUUGCGAGCCAGACGUUGCUGGUUGUCCUAUAUGCUUCAAUUACUAUAUUUUUACUGUGUAUAAAAUGUGUAUAUGUACAUACGAGUCACGGAAAUGCCUUCUCAUGCAAUAUGUGCUGCCUGUCCCUCCUGCCAUGUUUCAGUUAUGUGGUGGUGAUGUUUUCAUGUCUGAUUUUAAAGGAUUAAACAUAUUUUCUAAGUCUU